UGCUGCUCAAACAUCACGUUGACAUGGAUGAUGAAGACGGCCGGUGCCUGCUAGAUGUAAUUUGCGAUCCUCAGGCCUUGAACGAUUUUUUACAUGGAUCCGAAAAGAUUGACAGUGAUGAUCUCCUGGACAACACAGGAGAUGCAGCCAGUGCCUUUUUUGAAGGUGCUGGGCUGCACGUACAAGAGUCCUCCGGCAACCACCUGAGCACCGAGCAGAGUCAGCCCACGACCAGCGUGGACCUCGACUUUCUAGAAGAUGACAUCCUGGGGUCGCCGUCCAGCAGCGGGGCGAACCUGCAGAACUCGGACCAGCCCUGCGACAUCCUCCAGCAGAGCCUGCAAGAGGCGAACAUCACCGAGCAGACGCUGGAGGCGGAGGCCGAGCUGGACCUGGGCUCCUUCCAGCUUCCCACCCUUCAGCCGGUGGUGCAGACGGCCUCCGACGGCACCCCGCAGAUCUUCUCCGGCGGGGCCGACCUGAUCGGGCUGCAGCAACCCGCCGUCCUGACGCACCAAGCCCUGGUGCAGCAGUCGGUAGGAGCAGAUGUCGUCAACAAGGCCAUCAGCGUUCAGCCUUUCCUCCAGCAGGUCGGCUUGGGGAACGUCACCAUCCAGCCCAUCUCCAACCUCCAGGGCUUGCCCAACGGCAGCCCCGGCGGGACGCUGGGAAUCGGGCCGAUUCAGGUGGUGGGGCAGCAGGUGAUGGCCAUCAACCAGCCAGCGCAGCAGAUCAUCGCCAAGCAGGUUCAGCCCUCCCAAGUGGCCACCAUGCCCGUCGGCAGCUACAUCACCCAGACGGCGCCCGAGCAGCAGCAGGUCACCCUGGCCUCCACGGGGGUCUCUCCGCAGAGCGCCGGUCUCGUCAUCCAGAAGAACCUGCCGACGGUGGCCACCACGACGCUGAACGGGAACUCCAUGUUCGGGAGCGUCUCCGGGACUCAGGGCUCCCAGCCGCUCACCGUCACCUCCAACUUGAGCAGCCCCUUGGUGCAGGCCCAGAACGUCAUCAUUCACAGGACGCCCACCCCGAUUCAGCCCAAACCCGCGGGCGUCCUCCAGCAGAAACUGUACCAGAUCACCCCCAAGCCCUUCGGUUCCAACAACACCACCCUGACCAUCCAGAACGAAGCCGCCCUGCAGCAGCAGAAGGCCCAGCAGAACCUGACCUUCAUGGCCAGCAAGCCCGGGCAGAACGUGGUGCUGUCGGGCUUCCCCCAAGGGCUUCCGGCCAACGUCUUCAAGCAGCCGCCGCCGCAGCAGCAAGCCCUCAGCAAGCCCAUGAGCGUCCACUUGCUGAACCAGGGCAGCAGCAUCGUCAUCCCCGCCCAGCACGUCCCGCAGGCCAUGCUGCAGGGCCAGAACCAGUUCCUCCUCCCCGGGCAGCUGGCGGGCGCCUCCGCCGUGCAGAUCCCCCAGCAGCUCUCCGCCCUGCAGGCCAACAUGGGAGGGCAGAUCCUGACCGCCUCCCACCCCGGCGGGCAAGCCCAUAUCAUAACUAGCCAAGGGCCGGGCGGGCAGCUGAUUACCAACCAAGCCUUGCCGGCCCAGAUCCUCACCAACCAGAACAUCGCCAGCCAGCUGAACCUGGGCCAGGUGCUCACCUCGCAGAACGCCCACGGCACCGCUCACAUCCUCUCGGCUCCCAUCCAGCUCCAGCCCGGCCAGGUGGGUCAGCCGGCUCUCUUCCAGAUGCCCGUUUCCCUGGCGGGCAGCUUGACCACGCAGAGCCAACCCUCCGUGGCCGCCUCGCUGGGCCAGACGGGCCAGACGGUGAUCCAGGGAGUGACGCUGCCCAACCAGGUGGCCAUGCUCAACGCCACCGAGAACCUCGGCCAAGCGGUGAGCAUCCAAGCCUCCCCCGCCACCAGCAGCCAAAGCCCCGGCCUUGUCCAGCCGCAGCCCGCCUCGGGCGCCGGUCUGCUGCCCAGCGCCGACCAGUCCCCCAUCCUCACCGUCCAAACCGCCCCCCAGCAGCCCGCUCCGCUCCAGCUCAACGUGCCGCCGCCGCCGCCCGCCCAGCAGCCCGUGACGUCCCAGCCCAGCCCCAGCUUGGCCUCCAGCCCGGAGAAGAUCAUCCUGGGGCAGGCAGCCGCCGGAGCCGUCAUCAACCAGGACUCCAUGCAGAUGUUCCUCCAGCAGGUGCCCCAGGGGAUCAUCCUGCAAACGAAGCAGCAGCCUCCCACCAGCCAGGCCUCCCCGGCGCUCAGCCAGUUCAGCAGCCCGUCCUCCUCCGUCCUGGUGAGCGGCCAGGGGCAGCCGGUGGCGGUGACGACGACGCCGGCCCCUGCGCACAGCCACGCGCCCGCCGCCCUCCCGCCUUCCACCGCAGGUAUUACCGCCCCGGUUCCGGCAGAGAGUAAAACCUUCUCCAGCGUUUCCGCGCCGAUUUCUGCUGGGAAAGGGGCUGCAGCCCAGGGGAAGGCAGGAACGCCUCUCGCCAUACAGCAGCCGGUUCAGACUAAGCCUGGCGUCAUCAGUUCUGUCUCGGGCCUGAACCUCGGGAAGGGUCCCCUGCAGAUCCAGGUUGUUGGGAAAGGAUUAUCGCAGCUCGUCCCCUCGGUCCCCGUGCAAGGCCAGCAGCUGUACGACAGCAAGCUCGGUCUGAAGAAAGCCCCGACACUACAGCCCAGCAAGGAAGCUUGUUUCCUGGAGCAGCUGCACAAGCACCAGGGCGCGGUGCUGCAUCCCGACUACAAGACGUCGUUCCGCUCCUUCGACGACGCCUUGCAGCGGCUCCUGCCCUACCACGUCUACCAGGGGAUGCUGCCCUCUGCGCAAGACUACAGGAAGGUGGACGAGGAGUUUGAAGUGGUGUCCACCCAGCUGCUAAAGCGGACGCAAGCGAUGCUGAACAAGUACCGCCUGCUGCUCUUAGAGGAGUCUCGGAGAGUCAGUCCUUCUGCGGAGAUGGUGAUGAUCGACCGCAUGUUUAUACAGGAAGAAAAGACCAUGUUGGCGCUCGACAAGCAACUGGCGAAGGAGAAACCAGACGAGUACGUCUCCUCCUCGUCCUCCCGCUCGCAGAGCCUCUCCUCCUCGGCCGCCCUGGCCUCCGUCUCCAGCGCGGCGCCGGCCCCCGAGAGCCUGAAGGUGCCCCCCGUGCAGACGGCCCCCCCCAUCCACCCCACCAAGCUGGUGAUCAAGCACAGCGGGGGCUCCCCCUCCGUCACCUGGGCCAAGGCGUCCCCCUCCCUGGACGGGGACGAGGACGCCUUGCCCUCGAGGAGCAAGCCCCCCAUCAAAACCUACGAGGCGCGCAGUCGCAUCGGCCUCAAGCUGAAGAUCAAGCAGGAGGCCGGGCUCAGCAAGGUGGUCCACAACACCGCCUUGGACCCCGUGCACCAGCCGCCCCCCGUCUGCCGCGUCAUCAAGGGACCCGACCCCCACGCCGCCGCUGCCGCCGCCUCCGCCGCCGCCGCCGGGCAGAUGAACGGGACCGUCGACCACGUGGCCUCGGCUCCCGCCGAGAAGAAGCCCGUCACCUACUGCCGCCUCCCCCUUCGCAAGACCUACCGCGAAAACGUCGACGCUUUCGUGGCCGAGAAGCCCGCCGACGCCUGCCCCAAGGGGAGCGCCCCGAAAGCCGACAAGCUCCCCGGCGCCCUCAAGCAGGAGGACGGAUCCAGGAGCGUGAUCACCUCCCACAAGAGCCAGGACAGCCCCUCGGCGGCGGCGGCGGCGGCGGAGAAGAGCCGGCCGGAGGAGAGCUCCAAGCUCCUGUUCUUCAACAGGAGCGACGCCCGCUCCCUCGUCCCGCAGGGCAGCCCGGCCCCGCCGAAGAGCGACGACUCCACCAGUGGCCUUAUGAAGGAGCUUGCGGAAGUCGAGGACGAGUUUUACCGCGGGAUGAUAAAACCCGAGCCCCCCGACCAGGGCUCGGGCUCGGAACUCGCCUGGGAGGUGCCGCUGCCCCCGGCCAAGCGUCGGAAGUCGGAGUCCUUCGAGGUGGACAACGCCAGCUUCUCCAGCGACAGCCCGCAGGACGACUCCCUCAACGAGCACCUCCAGAGCGCCAUCGACAGCAUCCUCAACCUGCAGCAACCUCAGACCGGGGCCCAGAACGUCCGGACGCCUUCCUCCUCCUACAACUCCUCCUCCUCCCCCUUCUCCUCGCCCGUCCACCGUACGGACGCCUACCUUGCCCCUAAUCACAACGGCGGCCUUGGAGCGAGGACGUUAAACAGAUAACAGAGAACCCGAGGGGGCAGCGGCGGGACGCUGGGCGAGGACCGGAGACGAGGAGGAAGAAGAGGAAGGAGGG